AGGACCCGUCUCCGUCCCGUCGCCUCGGCCUGGCUCCCUGCCGCCUCCACGCACCGAAGCCCGGCCACGACUUCCCAUGAGGCCUCCACCAGAACUCAGCUCGACCGCUCUGUAUGGGGCCUCUCACUUAUGAAUUGACAUGGAGGAUGAAGAUGGGACUUGUCUACUUGAUGUUUUGUGUGACCCCCAAGCCCUGAACGACUUCCUUCAUGGGACCAAUGAGCUGCCGACGGAGGACCUGCUCAUUAACUCCUCCUCUGGGGAGCCCUCCCUCUUCACAGAUGCCCCGAGCCCCGUCUCUCUGCUGGGAGAUGGCAGGGAUUCCCCAGACACGCCUCCCCCCGGGUGUGUGGAUCUGUCCUUCCUGGAGGAGGCUCUCCUGUCAUCGCCGGAGGGUGAAGACCUGCAGGUGGUGCAGGGUGGGCAGCCUGUGGAGGGUGGAUGUGAGGCGAAGAAGGGAGAAGUGCCGGAGGUGGAGGAGGCGGAGGUGGCGUGUGACAUCCUGCAGCAGAGUCUGCAGGAGGCCGACAUCACUGAGCAGACCAUGGCUCUGGAGGCAGGUCUGGCCCAUACUGGGGACAGUCUCUCCCUCUACUCACCCGCCCCUCUCCUCUCUCCUCCCACCGCACCAUUCCUACCCAAGUCUGUGACGUUGUCUGUCACGCCGGCGUUGCCCAGAGACACCCAGGCAGCAGUGGAGCCUCCCCAGCCCUCGCUCCUGGCUGUCGGACCCGGCUGCCCCUCUCUAAAACCUGCUGCACCGCCUCAGCUGAUGGGGCUCCUGCCUGGAAACGUGUUCCCUGCUCCUUCUCCAGAGACCUCCUUCUCUCUGAGUCCCGCCCAGGGCUCCAGUAUGAUCAUCCACAAGGCUGUUCCCAGUGUGACCGGUCGUCCUCUCAUCACUCCAUCCCUGAGAGCCACAGCGGCAGCACCAGGGAUUGUGCUGCAGAGGGCCCCUCUCCCCAUCCAACCCAAGCUCCCCAUCAGCAUUCAGCCCAGACUGGUUCAAAUAAGCCCCAAGCCCUCUGGGCAGAAACCCACACCAGGUCUUACAUUCGUCCCUGGGACUGCCUCACCAAAUAUUUUACUGUCCCAGACUCCAGUCCAAAAGCCCACAGCUCCACAGUCGCAGCCCAACCAGCAGCUCCCCAAACCAGUCAGCCUGCAGUUAGUCAACCAGGGCGGCUCCUUCGUGCUCCAGCCUCAGGGACUCUUCCAAGGCCAAAACCAGUUCCUUCUUCCGGGCCAGUCCCCCGUCACAAUCUCCCAGCCCGCCAGUGCGGCUCGACCACUGCUGACUCCCAGUCACCAAGGCCCAUCGGUCCACAGCGUGACGCCGUCCACCGGGCAGCUUGUGGACGGCUCUCAGAUCCUAACUGUCCCCCAGAGACAGUUGAACUUCAGCCCCGUCUUCACCACCCCCACAGGGCAGCUCGCGCUCCGCCAGGCCACUGUGCUUUCAGGACCCUUGCAUCUACAGUCAGCACCCCCCACUGUCUUCCAGAUGCCGGCACAGCUGGCUGGAACGUACACUGCAGGAGGGCAGGGGCGGCGCGCCACCCUGGUCCACAGUCCCGCUCUUGGAAACCACAUAACCUUGAUCAACAGUUCAGGGGUGCUUCCCCCGGAUCUCACUUCCAUCUCAAUCGUCAACGGGCCCUCGGUGGUUCAGGGGCUGCCUUUCGCUGCCCAGGCCCCGGCUCCUCAGGCGGGAGUGACAGAGGGACAGCUGAGCCUCCAGCAGGCGUCUGUGGUGCUGCUGCCAGAGAGAGCUGUUCAAGAGGAGAGGAGCAGCUCAGAGGAGACUUUCCACCAACUGCCGCAGCCGUACGGACACGUGCUCCAGCACAUCUCCGUGCAGCCCCCCUCUGCAGGGCUGCAGGCCUCCUCUCCUCCCGUCGUCACCGUCCUGCAGCCUCCUCCCGAACCACCUCUGGCCCCCAAUCCAGCUGCAGAGAUGCCCAAACUAUUGAUGCCUCCGGCCGACAUGACCCAAGUGGUGGAGGAGGUGGCCCAGUCCAUGAGUCAGAACCAGGCCUUUAUGCAACAUCUGCAACAGCAAGCACUUAACUCUCCCAUCGCCUCUGAUUUGCUGGUUGGAGCGCUGCCAGUGGUGCCAAUGGAGACUCUCGCCUCCCCCGUGGCCAACGAGAGAGAGACCCAACCUCAGACCCGCUCAGUCCCAGAUCAGGACCCCCACAACGUGACGUCUGACCAGCGUGUGGAGGCUUCUCCGCUCAGCUCAGAUCCUGACGACACGCCGCUGCUCUGCUCCUCCCCUCCUCUCCUCCCUCAGGACACAGGGAGAACAGCUCCGGCAGCUUUCUCCCCUCCAGCUGGAGCUCAGAUUCCUCCGCCUGCACCUGAGAGGUCGGCUCCGCAGCCCCUCACAGAGCCCCAAGCCCAGUACCAGGCCCAGCAUCAGCUCCAGGUCUCACAGGCCUUAUUCGGCCAGAACCAGGUGCAGAUCCAGUCGUCGGUUCCCCAGCCUCGGUCCUCGAGUCACACUCCAGUGCACAGCAGCUCUUCCUCCCCCCCUCUGCUGGUCAGCGUCCCGGUGCCUCAGCAGCAGCCUGAUCCCGCAGCUGCUCGUCUCUCCAAAGGAGGAGACGACUCCGCUGUCCAACAGCACAACACACAAAACAAGCCAACAGCUGCCUUGGCCGUGGAGAGUAAAGCUUUUACUCUCGAUGUCCAUCCACACUCUCCCACAGCCCAGGAUGUUCACGGGCCCCCAGCUCCCAGAGAGUGUGGCCCCGUCCAGGAGACCCAGCAGACAGGCACCAAGCUGGCAGUUUGUCUGGAGCAGCAGAGAGAGGACAGGAUCACACCAGCAAUACGCAGGCACAGGUUCCAGCAGCAGCUUUGUUUGGACCACGCAGCUGUUCAGCACCCGUUCACCGGCCCGGCCUUUUCCACGCUGAAGGACGCCGUCAGACGCCUGCUGCCGUACCACACGUGUGCCGGUCACCUGCCGACGCAGAGUGACUUCAGUUUAGUGGACCAGGAGUUUGACUCUGUGUCCGGUUUCCUGCUGAAACGCACCAAGGACAUGAUCAACAAAUACAGGCAGCUACUGGUCAGAGAAACUCAGCAGGAGAGUCCCUCAGCAGAGAUGGUGAUGCUGGAGCGACUCUUCCUUCAGGCCGAGCGGUUCGCUUUGGCCGAGGACAGACGCAGAGCUCGCAGAGACCCAGAGUCGUUCAUGAUGGCCUUGACUACACCAGCGUCUUCCCCUCAUGACGCCCCUUCCUCCGGCCCCUCCCACCCGUACUCCUCCGGCAGCCCCUCCUCUCCACCGGCCUGGACCAGACUCUCUGACCGGCCCCCGGGACUGAAGACGUACCGCUCCAGCUCCCGCGGCGCUCUCAGACUCACCAUCAAGCAGGAGUCCGGCUCCCGCAAGGUGGUCCACAACUCGGCCUGCGACCCUGGACACAAGAGGGACCACACGGGGCAGCUGACCAAUGGAGGUGGAGUUGUGAACGAACGCCACUCUCAGGCGACCAAUGGAGCACCCCACCGUCCUCAGCAUGAGGGGGAUUUGUCCAACGGAGCCCUGCAGAGCGACACUGCAGAGGACGUCCCACAGACUGCACCCAAUUCCAAAACAAAAGCCCCAAAUCCUCUUUCUAUGCCAGAGCCACGGGCUGCUUGCUUCGAGUUGCCUCCCAGAGAUGUCAGCGCCCCAAAACUGAAAUGUUCCAGGCUGGACGUGUCACCUCGGCCGGAGCCGCGGCUGAGUCCGCCCCCUCCGCCGCUCCAAGAGGACAACAUGCUCAGCGAACAUCUGCAGAGUGCCAUCGACAGCAUCCUGGAGCUGCAGCGCCUGCAGGGCCCCUCUGCAGCCCCGACCAGGGCCACGUCAGGGCCGCCACUGGACCAAGCUGUCACCAGCAUCCUGGAGGGACACCUGUGAGGUAACGUGUCCUGACAAACGUCCAGAAACAUCUGUCUGAGGUGGGACGGAACAAAGGGAAGUGCACUCGUCUGUUCCCAGAUCUAGAGGUUUUGAUUCUGGGUUUUCAGAUUUUACUUUAAAAAGGAACUGAUUGUUUUAAAGAAGCGGGAGGAGGAAAAAAAAUAAAGAGGCACUAUGAAGAGAUGCAGACAGCAGCACUAUCUACAGUCUGAUAGAUGUUAGAUACUUCAUUUUGAUGUAUGUUUGUGGAAAAAAAUCUAUUUGAAUAGGAGCUAUAUUGUUUCAGUGGUAGUUAAGUCAUUCAGAGGUUUACGACACUGGUGUAACCUUCAUCAGCAUAUAGUAUAUAAGUAAUAGUGAGGCUAACGACAACGUGGAGUAGACUGAGAUUAUUCAAUAGUUUUUUAUAAGAUUUCUUUCAGAAAAAUGUGGUUUGUUUUGCAUAGUGCCAAGCUUCCAGGGUAUUUAUUUUGAUAAUCUGUGCCAACUGUGUUUUCAGAUGAGUUGCAUUGAGAGAAAGCCAGUGUGUGUGUGUGUGUGUGAGAGAGACGAGUGUGUGUGUGUGUGUGUGUGUGUGUGUCCACAUUUGGAAAUAAUUUGCGUGGAUCUAAAGAGAGAGUGUGAGAAACAUUGCAUCCUGCGACGGGACGGUACACGAAUGUCCCGCAGGCUCCAUCGUCUCGGCUAAACGAAUGAAACUCCAAAGAAUUUGUGACAUUGCUACAUCCUGAAUACACCAGCAAACGUCCAUGUUGUGUCUCUUCCCACAAACUGGAGUGUGUCUUUGUCAGAGCAGAAAGAACCCGAGGGAGCACAGGAAAAAAAAAAAAAAAAAAGAGAACGAGUUAGGCAGUCGUUAUUUCUUUCUUUUCUUUCUGACCCUAGCCGUCGCUCAGGCUGGAGUCUGACUGUGAAAUAGUUUUGUGUGUUUUUCAGAGACGAGAGUCGUCUCCCAUACUGUGUGUAUUUACAUGCAAGCAAUAAUGAGUUGGGGUUGUUUGGAGCAGGGGUGGUGCAGUGAAGAGGAGGAAGAAGAGGAGGAAGAAGAGGAGGAGGAGGAGUUGGGAGAUCUUUGCCUGUUUUGCUUAUCGUCGUCAUAGGACAAAAUUUAAAAAAAAAGAGGAAUGAAUGAUGCUGAUUUUGUCAUCGGAGCCCGUGUAGUUUAGUUUCUGACUUGUUUUAAGGGCUCGAUGUUCACUUAGCGGUGUAAUGACCAUUAAACAAAACGUCCAGUUCGUGAGAGAAAAGCUGUUUUUCCUCGACACUGUACAGAACCUGAGCCUCUGCAUCAUCAAACAGCCUUUGACCAAAAAACUAGAGGAAUCAUCCGCUUUCACUUUCCCACAUUUCCAGGUGGACUUCUCUUUAUUUCACGAGUUAUUGGUCUGUAGCCCGCCGAUCGAAGCCGAAGAUUAACGUUCUCGCAGCCGUUCUGGAGCAAUAUGUAUGAUUUCGUUUGUUUGUUAUUUAAUGUGACAAUCUUAUUGGUCUGAGUGAAAAUGUGAAUUCUGUUCAUGUGAAAUUCGUAGGAGAGAGCUGAGGUCAUUUGUAGGUUGAAAUUUCAAAUCUGCAAAACGUGUUUAACUUUUGUAAAACAAGUUGAACUUCAGAGUUUCAGCUCUGAGAGAUUCCACGAGGGGGGGGGUCGAGGUUCGACUCGCAAUUGGGAAAAAAAACGUUAUGAAUAUGCCUUUAAUUCAUUCUUCCCUUUAAGUAAAAUGGAAUCUGCAAAGAAGAGAUAAAUGAAGCGAGUUUUUCAAACCUGUUACAUCUGGUGUUCAGAAAAGUGAAAGUCACCUGUCGCUCCAGAAAAGAAAAGAAACAGACGUGGGAUGGAAUCAAACAGGACUUGUCAUUUCUUCAAAUGUUAUGUUUUUAUAUGUAAAGUCGUCUUUUGUUGGAACAAACAAAAGGAGUUAUAAUAUGCAGUAAUUUAGUAUUGAAACUCUCUGCAGCAGUUCGGGUGCAAACACACUCGAGGAUUCACGGGAUGUUUUUGGAGAAAUGCAGUUAAAGGAGAUUUACAUCACUAAUGUCUGCGUGGCGAACCCGGUGCAAAGCUACAGUUAGCUUAGCUUAGCAUGAGAACUGUAAAACACUUAAAGAUGGACGACAUGACAGCUUCCCCAAAAAUGAAGCCAAAUCAUCUUAACCACCCCCUGGUGGCUGACUGCAGUAUAGGAUGUAAAAACCCUGCCUCCUCUGUGGAAGUGGACGGAGAAGUCAAAGUGCACAAAGGUGGUUUCUGUUAUUUUAGAUAAUUUGCUGUUGAAGCAUCAUGACUGGCAGCUGACACAGAAGUGGAGCUGCUCCGUCCAUCUGUGUUUUCAGCGUAUAGAUUUUACCCAGUGACGGAAACAGCCUGGCUCCGUCCAGCAUCACCAAAGCUCCAAAGCUCAACAAAUAAAACCUUCAAAAAUCCUCAUCGCUGCACGACAACGACUUUGUCUUGGCGAUGAGAGAGUUUCCUUUCUGCCUCAAGUGGUUGAAACAUCUCAAAAAACCAUCUGUUGCCCUGGUUUUAGAACCAAACAGUCAAAUUAUGACCUCUGGGUGAAACCAGACGAGCUGUUUCCUCUGUUUCCUGUCUCUACGCGCAGUGAACCAGCUGCUGGCUGUAGCGUCACCUUCACCGUUCAGACAUUAGCAUUGAUUUUCUCUUCCACGUCUCAGUGAGGACUCGCAUUAGCACAUUUCCCAGUUUGUCCAGAAAUGUGAAGAUCUAAAUGAAAUCUCGACGUGUGUUUCCGCCCUCAGAGGUUUCGCUGUAAUGCAGUAAAGAUGUCAGAGUGUCUCUCACAACACAGGAUUGCACUCCUCGUCACCGCUGAAGAAAAAAAACAAAAAAGAACCAACAAGGGGAAUUCCACAAACUUUACUUGUCUUUAUUUUUUAAGCAGCACUUCCAAAGGUUUGCCAAAAAACAUUCUUGUCUAAUGAUUCAAGAAGACUGAAAAAAAACAAAAGAAAGAAAAGAAAAAUAAAUUCUCAAGCGAACUUUGAUGGAAUCCCCUUCUCUGAAGAAGCCUCAUGUGCCAUUGUUAUUGUCGUGUUCAUGUCCGCAGUGUCAAACACUGACCAUUAGGAACAUGCUUCUGUCAGCAUCGUGGAACUAAGGGAAGAAUUCCAUCUGCAUGUUGAGCCACUUUGUUAUUUAUUUAUUUGUAAAUGUGUUUUUAUUUUUCUGACUGAACUGUGAAACCAGGGGAGCUCAUAACUCUUACACCGAUUCAACGAAUUCAACUUCAGAUACAAAACAUUUGACUGACAGAUUGUUCUGAUGCCAAAAUCAAGAGGCCUUAAUUCAGCAAAACUAGAUUGUAAAAAGUCAUUCCUGACAAAAAAA